UCUUUAAGAUUGCUUUUAUGUCUAUUACUGGUGGUAAAUGGAUAUAAGUGCAAGGGGCUACUGCAAGGACCCACUUACUUUCUUUAUUGACAAAGCUGAAAGCAACUUCUGGAGUGAUAUGCCAAGAUUAUCUGAGUGUUUGUUUUGUAGAAUUUACAGGACUUCAGAGGAGAAGCAACUAUCACGAUUCUUUUGGCCUGAGAAACUCCUUGAACUUCUCUUGUUGCCUUGUUGUGUUCAGCUACACCUUUGAACAUAAGUAAUCCAGGAAGACCAAGUGCCAGAUUGUGCCUAGGUGACUUUUUUCAUUACUUACCCCUUGACAUUGUUUAGUUCAUGGAAUCUUGGAAAAGUUCAGAAUAUCUGCAAGGUCCAUAUAAGGGAGAUCACUGUCACCAAUUUAUUUUGGAAGACCAAAUGUUUAGCACUCUUGCUGUCCAAACAGAUUUGGUGUCCACCAGGAUAUCUUCAAAGUUUGACUGAAACGGGCAUGCUAUGGGCUUCAUCCUCACUAGGGAAAGUAUAAGAUACUGAUCAAGGUACUCCAACUAUAGCGUUCCUGCAACCACACACAAGAACAGUUUUGUACACUAAAUUUUCUCAAUAAAGGUCCUUGUCUUUUGCGAGGCCAACGAAGUUUAAUUGGUCAACAUAGCAGUGUGGAGUGCUAUUGUGAAUUAUGGCCCUUCAUGGUGCAUGACUGCAUGACAGGUUAUUUUUCUCUCUUAUUUGUUAUCUGCCUUUAAGUUUGUACCAUAUAGGCUACUUGUUAUGAUCUAUAUAGAGAUGUCCUGGACCUUGGGAUAAGAUUCUGUGCUUAUUUCAGUUGCACUUGUUCGUGGAUCAUAUGGAAGGUUAUGUUAUGAUAGUGUUGUGUCGGAUUUUAGGAUGCUUUCACAACAGUGCUAUUCUCUUAAGGGGUACAUCAACAAAAUUAUUGCGCUGCCUCUUGAUAGUUUUGUACUUUUGUUAAAGCUUGCUGUUUGUUGCAUGAUUAGUUUUUCUGGUAUAUCUAUACCAGAAACCAUUGUUUACAGAUACUUUGCUUCAGGGAGGAGAUUUACAUGCUCUGAUUUGUUUCUUUAGGUUACUAGUCUGGAAUGGUCUUGGGUGUGGAAAUGAUUGAAUAUUCAAGUCGGUUUGAUUUUUUGCUUCUCUCUUGGAUGUUCCUGGAGAUUCUUAGAUAUUUUUUGGAUCCUGUGUCUUUUUACUGAAAUUUUCUGUUUAUGUAUAUUAUAUAUUUUAUAAGCGGGUUUCUUUAGAAUGAAUUGAAUUAGCAAGGAUGUUUCAGAGGUGAAAAGUAUCAAUGUUCAUGAUUUCUAUUAAGCACGAGGUUAGCAAGCCAGUGUAGUUGUCUACGAUUUUGCAAGAGAACUUUUAGGUAUAUAUCUAUUGGUGUGCUUGAACAUGUUAACAUAGACAUUUAGGCCAUGUAUUGCAGUUGAUCUUUUGGCAUAUUUGGCUGAGAGCUUUUGGUCCAAUCUCAUCAUUAUUAUGUACUGUAUUCUAUAUUACAAGUUUAUGAGCUUGUUCAGCAGUUAUUCUACGUGUUUGCUGCAUUUCAGAAUACUUUUUGUUGUGAUUCUGAACUUGAAGAUUAAGUGAUGUUUCCAAAAUCUUAAGAUAUGGAUCUUAUACUUUCAAACUUACCUGAAGCAAAAGUUGUGGGGGAAUUACAGUAUAAUUGCAACGCAUAUUUUCAUUUGUCAAAAGAAAUGGUCUGGGUGCACCAUCCUGUUGUUAGUCUGGAUGUUAUGUCAAAAGAAAAGGCCUGGGUGCGCCAUGCUGUUAUUAGUAUGGAUGAAUUUUUAUCCGCACCAUUCGUCAAAUUUCUUCCUGUUGAGAAAAUUUCAUUCGUGGGUUCCAGUAUCGCUGGAAAGAAAUAUCUGUUUCCACUCCACGAACAAUGAUCAACUAAAAGAGACUUCAGAUCUGCACAAUAUUAAUCAGCAGAGCUUGGGAUCAAUAAAUUGGUAGAACUUACUGUCUUACUGAUGCCGGGAUCAGGAAAUUGGUAGAACUUACUGAUGCUUCAUCUUUCUAGAGACAUGACAGAUCAAAUGUUACAACUACUUUGGACUUGAUUGACAACCGACUCUGAGGAACUCUCUGAAGAUCUGAACUCCAAUCGUCAUCGGCCAUCAAUUUUUAUAUGCUUCCUCAGCGCAAUUAUAAAUCAAUGAUGCAUCAUAUUCUUAUAUUACUCCAAAGGUAGAGAUUGAAAUGAUCUGAGAUGCCUUUAACUUGGUCUGAGGAAUAUCUUUUGGAGAUGGGCUCGUCCUUAUCUUUCCCCCUCAGCUCACUCCUUUAAAUUCAGCACCACCUGACAAGCCUUCUUACUACAUUUCUGCCAUCUGAUUGCUAUCUACAACAGAACAAUACAGGAGUCAUCAACAUCAACAACAUGCCUAAGCCUCGCCCACUUUCGUUGCAGACUGUAGAGCUUAAAGUGAGGAUGUGCUGCACCGGAUGCGAGAGAGUUGUUUCAAAUGCAAUCUACAAGCUUAAAGGAGUGGAUUCUGUGCAAGUUGAACUAGAGAUGGAGAAGGUAACAGUAAUCGGAUACGUGGAUCGGAACAAGGUGCUGAAAGCCGUGAGGAGGGCAGGGAAGAGGGCUGAGUUCUGGCCUACAAAUCCACCAUUGUACUUCACAACCACCUAUAACUAUUUUAAAGACACAACAAGUGAAUUCAAAGAGAGUUACAAUUACUGGAGGCAUGGCUACAACGAUAUCCACGGUGAUAAGCACGGUUCCAUUCCUGUCACUCACCGAGGCGACGAUAAAGUUAGCAACAUGUUCAAUGAUGACAAUGUCAAUGCCACUUGUUCUAUCAUGUAAUAUUUCUCUAGUAUACGAAUGCUUGCUUGUAUAUUAUGUAGUCACCUCAGGUGUAUCCGAAACGAUGACUAGCUGCUAGUAAUAACUAUAAUAAUAUGUCGAGGUAUUGCUGUAACCUGUAACUUGUAAGGCUCACAUGCUGCAUAAUAAUAAACAAUACCACGUUACUUCUCCUUGCA